AUGGAAAAUAAUUCACCCGACCCAUCAACGAAUGAGGCAGCCCUUGACCGCGAUCUUAAAAGGGAAGCUGCAGAUCGUCGCGCUGUCACCGCGGGCCUCACCGACCCAACCACUGCUAGGACGCUGCAGGCAGCUGGAGACUACGCAGUCUCCAAGAGAAAACAAAACAAGGCAGAGGCCCAAAAAAGGGCAGAGAAGCUACAGGAGGAGAUGGAGUCCGCGAGCAAGAAGUCUUCGCUUUUAGGAGCGGCUCCAUCUCCUCCCGUAGCUCCUCUACUCUUUUUUGGGCCUCUGCCAACCCCACCGAUAGGGACUCGUCGCGCUUCCUGUUACACUUCGACCGGGGCUGGAGGAUGA